CACCCAAGACCAAUAGCCGCCCAUAGCCAUAGGUACCUCUGCUUCCACCAUCGCCCACCACGCCGUCCGGUCCACUCCCAAGAGUAGUUGCGAGCGCAGCCACAGGCCACAGCGACAUGCCGGCGACGCCGACCAUCAUCGGUGCCCUGCUGGGGCUGGGCACCCAGAUGUACUCCAACGCCCUGCGCAAGCUCCCCUACAUGCGCCACCCUUGGGAGCAUGUAUUGGGAAUGGGUCUGGGUGUAGUGUUUGUUCACCAACUGGUGAAGUGGGAUGAGAAGCUCAAGCAGGAUCUGGACAAGAUGCUUGAGCGUGCAAAGCAGGCCAACGAGCGGCGCUACUUUGAUGAAGACGACGAUUAGCUAUUCAAAUUUGUUUGCAGCAACCAGGCUUUUUGCAGUUUGCUUUGGCCAGAGAACAUGGUCUGGACCAUACAUCUGUAGUUUCUGUAUGAAAACUGGUUCCGCAUUUCACAUGCGGCACUGUAAUAAACUGUUGUUUGUAUGACACCAUUUUAUGGUACUUGAAUCUGAUUGAUUACCUUCUGCGAUGCAUAGUUAUUCAUAUCAAACGAUGAUGCUAUGAAACACCACUUUUUGUCUA